AUGCAACACAUUAGGUCCUCCCUCCCCCCCUCCCUGGACCCCUACCAGUUUGCAUAUCGGUCAAACCGCUCGACUGAUGAUGCCGUCGCCACUGCUCUUCAUUCAGCCCUCACACAUUUGGACAAGAAAGACACCUAUGUCAGAAUGCUCUUCAUCGACUUCAGUUCUGCAUUCAACACAAUCAUUCCACAACAACUCAUCUGGAAACUGGACAGUCUGGGUCUGAACACAUCACUGUGCAACUGGCUGCUUGACUUCCUUACCGGAAGACCACAGGCAGUACGGGUUGGCAGCAACACAUCCAGCAUCAUCACUCUGAACACGGGGGCCCCACAAGGAUGUGUGCUGAGCCCCCUUCUGUUCACUCUACUAACCUACGACUGCUCUCCAUCACACCCCUCCAACCUCUUCAUCAAGUUUGCGGACGACACGACUGUGGUAGGCCUCAUCAGCAACAACGAUGAGUCACUCUACAGGAGCGAGGUGAGCCGGCUGGUCUCCUGGUGCAAACGCAACAAUCUCUUGCUGAACACAGAGAAGACCAAGGAGAUUGUUGUGGACUUCAGGAGAACUCAGACAAAACAUGCUCCACUAUCCAUCAACGGUGUUGUUGUGGAAAGGGUGAGCAGCACCAAGUUCCUGGGUGUGCACAUCUCUGAGGACCUCUCCUGGACCAUCAACACAGCAGCAGUGGCCAAAAAGGCUCACCAACGGCUCUACUUCCUCCGCAAGCGGAGAAGAGCGAGAGCCCCCACCCCGAUGAUGACAACCUUCUACAGGGGGGCCAUCGAGAGCAUCCUGAUGAGCUGCUCCACUGUGUGGUACGGGGCCUGCACAGCAUCCUGCCGCAAAUCCCUCCAGCGGAUCUCACGCCUUCAGAUCUAUGAUUUGACAUCUUCGGUCCUGUGCUUGCCCUCCGACGUCCCGGAGGGGGGCUUCCCGAAUCGCAUCCCAAUGGUGAUGAGGGGCAACUGCACUUUCUAUGAAAAGGUUCGCCUGGCCCAGAUUAACGGUGCCAAGGGCCUGCUCAUUGUCAGUAAGGAAAGGCUGACUCCACCAGCAGGGAACAAGACUCAGUACGAAGAGAUCGACAUUCCCGUAGCACUGCUGAGCUACUCUGAUUCGUUGGACAUAAGCAAGACCUUUGGAGAAGGAAGUCUUGUUGCCAUGUACGCACCCAAUGAGCCCGUGUUAGACUAUAACAUGGUGAUAAUCUUCUUGAUGGCGGUGGGAACCGUAGCCAUCGGAGGCUACUGGGCCGGCAGCAGUGACAGCAAAAAACGUUACAUGAAGCAUAAGCGGGACGACGGUGCGGACAAGCAGGACGAGGAGACGGUGGACGUCACCCCCAUCAUGAUCUGUGUGUUCGUGGUCAUGUGCUGCAACAUGCUGGUGCUCCUUUACUUUUUCUACGACCACCUGGCCCUUUGGGUCAUCGGGAUCUUCUGUGUGGCCUCCUCUGUCGGCCUCCACAGCUGCCUGUGGCCGUUUGUCAGGAGAAUUCCUUUCUGCAAGUGCAGGAUCCCUGAGAACAACCUGCCGUACCUCCACAAGCGGCCACAGAUCCGCAUGCUGCUGCUGUCGGCGCUCUGCAUCGGCGUCAGCAUCAUCUGGAUGGUGUUUCGCAACGAAGACCAGUGGGCGUGGGUGUUGCAGGACGCCCUGGGGAUUACCUUCUGUCUCUACAUGCUCAAAACAGUCCGAUUGUCCACAUUCAAGGCUUGCACUUUACUUCUGUCAGUUCUGUUUGUUUACGAUGUUUUCUUCGUAUUCAUUACACCCUUCUUUACAAAGAGUGGGGAAAGUAUAAUGGUGGAGGUAGCGGCAGGUCCCUCUGACUCCGCCACUCAUGAAAAGCUCCCCAUGGUGCUCAAGGUGCCGAGGUUAAACUCUUCUCCUCUGGCUCUUUGCGACCGACCCUUCUCCCUCCUGGGCUUUGGAGACAUCUUAGUACCAGGUCUGCUGGUGGUGUACUGUCACCGAUUUGACAUUUUAACACAAUCCUCUAGGAUCUACUUUGUGACCUGUACGAUUGCGUACGGGAUCGGCCUGCUGAUCACCUUCGUGGCUCUGGCCGUGAUGCAGAUGGGCCAGCCAGCCUUGCUCUACCUAGUGCCUUGCACUCUGAUCACCAGCCUCGCCGUAGCGCUGUGGCGCAAGGAGUUGCCCCAGUUCUGGACUGGAAGUGGAUUUGUGCCUCCCAUAGCGCUCACGCCAAUCAACUGCACGCAAACCGCAGAGCUACAGCCGCCCCCGCAGGUGCAGGAACCCUCAGCCUAAGAAGCCACAGAGCCCACCCAUCAGGGCGAAGACACGCCCGAGCAGCCGCCUCCGGAAACGCCCCUGGAGGAGAAAACCGAAGACCAAACCGACAACUAGUAGAUCAUUUUCCCCAUUUCACUUCAUGUUUCAAUUCACUUUUCUGCAGCACGUCUGUCGGUGGAUGUUUUAAACCCGAAACGUUUAACUUGCACUCGUUGCGAAGGAA